AACCUCCCCACGGAUCAAAUAAACCGCAUCGUGAACGCCAUGUGGAUAGCGCGCCUGGUCCGGAUGUUGCGGAUCGUCAAAGUCACCAAGUACUCGGGGGACAUGCAGCUUUUCUGGAAAGCAAUGACCAACAGCAUGACGGCCAUCAUCCUGUUCUUCUUCAUGACGACCGUGCUGAUGCUGCUCUUCUCCUGCGUGGUUUACUACACGGAGAUUGACGACCCGGACACCAAAUUCACCAGCAUCCCAGAAACCUUCUGGUGGGCCAUCGUGACCAUGAUCAACAUCGGGUACGGCGACUACUACCCGCGCACUAUUGUAGGGAAGAUCGUCGGUUCCGUCGCCGCUAUAGCCGGUAUCGUAGCCCUCUGUUUGGGGAUACCCGAGUUUAUGGAGUGUUAUAUUCACCUGUACGAGGCCGCCAGGUAUCACAAGAGGUACUCGCAACGGAAGAACUUUGACAUGGCCUCGUCCAAGUUCGGCGCGAUAGGAAGUUCGAAGUCGCGCCGUCGCAACUUGAGCAGGAACAGGGACAAGAACAGGACGUUUAAACUGGUUCUCUGAGGACAAGAAACCAAAGAUCUCAUACUACUAAUAGUACUGUCAGUCAGUCCAUAGACUAUGACAAAGACUGUGCAAGAAACAAUGAGAAAAAAUAACAAGAAAACAUGCUCAGCAAAA